GGAAGCUACUCUUCCUGUAAUUCUCAAAGGCAAAGAUGUCCUAGCUAAGGCCAAAACAGGAACUGGGAAAACUGUAGCGUUUUUGCUUCCGUCAAUUGAAGUAGCUGUCAAAUCUCCUCCUACAAGCCCGGAUAAUAAGCGACCCCCAAUUCUUGCGCUUGUGAUAUGUCCAACUAGAGAACUUGCCAAUCAAGCUGCUACAGAAGCAAACACCUUGCUAAAGUAUCAUCCAACUAUUGGUGUUCAAGUUGUGAUUGGAGGCACAAGACUUGGUUUAGAGCAAAAGCGUAUGCAAACAAAUCCUUGCCAGAUAUUAGUGGCUACACCUGGAAGGCUCAAAGACCAUAUCGAGAACACGCCAGGAUUUGCGACAAGGUUAAAGGGUGUGAAAGUCCUUGUGCUUGAUGAAGCUGACCACCUUUUAGACAUGGGUUUCCGCAAGGACAUUGAGAGGAUAAUUUCAGCGGUUCCUAAGGAGAGACAAACUUUUCUAUUUUCCGCCACAGUACCUGAAGAGGUCUGUCUCAUUUUCUUGCAUAAUUAGUUUGGUUUUGGUUUUUGUUACGAUAGUCCCUUGUUGUAAUGGGUCUUGAUUUGUGUUUUUUUUUCUUUCUGGCGUUUGCUCCGAUUCUCCGCCGCGCCUCCGCGGCCAAGAACCUCCUGUCGUUGACCAGACUCGCCGUCGACUCUUCAAUCUCCUCCAGGUCUCUGCAAACCGGAGCCUCCGGCGAUGAUUCUCCUCAAUCCAUUGGUGGGUAUCACGUGAGCUCCGGCGGAUUCAUGCGUGGAGCCGUGUAUCGCGAGCCCAAUCAGCCUCUAACCAUCGAAGAGUUUCAUAUGCCUCGGCCUAAAGUCAAUGAAAUUCUCAUCAAAACCAAAGCUUGUGGGGUUUAUCACUCUGAUCUUCAUGUGAUGAAAGGAGAGAUACCAUUCUCUAGUCCUUGUGUCAUUGGUCAUGAGAUCACUGGUGAAGUAGUUGAACACGGUCCUCUUACUGAUCACAAGAUCAUUAAAAGAUUUCCAGUUGGGUCUCGUGUAGUUGGAGCUUUCAUUAUGCCUUGUGGAACCUGUUCUUAUUGUGCUAAGGGCCAUGAUGAUUUAUGUGAAGACUUCUUUGCCUUCAACAGGGCGAAAGGAACUCUUUACGAUGGCGAAACUCGUCUCUUUUUAAGACAUGAUGAUUCACCAGUGUAUAUGUACAGUAUGGGAGGGAUGGCUGAGUACUGUGUCACUCCAGCUCACGGGUUAGCUCCUCUGCCAGAUUCUUUACCCUACACUGAAUCUGCGAUUCUAGGGUGUGCUGUUUUUACAGCAUAUGGUGCUAUGGCUCAUGCUGCUGAGAUCCGUCCUGGAGAUUCUAUUGCAGUUAUUGGAAUUGGUGGUGUUGGUUCCAGUUGUUUGCAGAUAGCGAGGGCUUUUGGAGCCUCGGAUAUAAUUGCUGUGGAUGUUCAGGAUGAUAAAUUGCAGAAGGCCAAGACACUUGGUGCUACUCAUGUUGUCAAUGGUGCUAAAGAAGAUGCUGUUGAAAGGAUAAGAGAAAUAACCGGUGGGAUGGGUGUUGAUGUUGCUGUUGAAGCCUUGGGAAGGCCACAAACUUUCAUGCAGUGCACACUAAGUGUAAAAGAUGGUGGAAAAGCUGUGAUGAUUGGACUCUCAAAAGCUGGUUCUGUUGGAGAAAUUGAUAUAAACAGACUUGUUCGUAGGAAGAUAAAAGUGAUAGGGUCAUAUGGAGGAAGAGCAAGACAGGAUCUUCCUAAAGUAGUGAAACUGGCAGAGUCAGGAAUCUUCAAUCUGAAAAACGCAGUUUCAAGUAAAUACAAGUUUGAAGAUGCAGGAAAAGCAUUUCAAGAUCUCAACGAAGGCAAAAUCGUUAGCCGAGGUGUUGUUGAGAUACUAUAACAAUAAAUAGCUAUCUGGUUCUUGUUUGGUAAUGACUUGGAUCUUUUUUUUUUUUUAAGUUGCUAGCUGCUACAAAUCUUCAGACAAGUUCUUCUUACUUGUGUUUGCUUGCAUUGCAAAUUAGCAAUGUCUUCCAAGUUGUCCUUUUUGAACAUUGUUCUUCUCUCUUGAUAAUCAAUAAAGAAGCAUGUUUGUGUAA